AAUAUAUAUAAACCCUAGAGAGAGAAUCUUCUGUUCUGUCGGAGCUGGCGAAUUCACAAGAAAUUCUGGAGGAACUCAGUAAUAAAGGGUUAGUGCUGGCCCUGUAUGAAGCGUUGAGAUCUCGAGACGUCGCAACGGUUACCAAGCUCUUGGGGUCCGAUCUCGAGUGGUGGUUCCAUGGCCCUCCGACCCACCAGUUUAUGAUGCGCCUCCUCACUGGCACCACAAAGCCAGAAGAACAUUCCUUCGAAUUCCUCCCUCAAUCUCUCGCCGUUUUCGGAUCAACCGUCCUCGUCGAAGGCUUCAAUACCACCCGAUCCAUCUCCUGGAUUCACGCCUGGACCCUCACCGAUGGGAUAAUUACUCAGGUCAGAGAAUACCUCAACACUUCCCUAACCGUCACCCGCUUCGGAAAACCCUCCUCCGCCGGCGAAUCUUCCUCCAUCUCGUCCCUCCAUUGCCCCUCCAUUUGGGAGAGCACUCUCUCCGAUCAGGUCGGGAAAUCGGUUCCUGGUUUGGUACUAGCUAUUUGAACCGCCCGCUACUCAUAUCCGGUUCGUUUAUAAAUAAUAAAUAAAAAAAAGUACGUCCGAACCGGUUAAUUAAAGUUUGUAUUUAUUUAUUAUAAAAAAAAAAAAUGACGUGGUCAUUCAGGGGCGAGUCUCCUUUAUGUUUUA